GUCGGAUACUAAUGUACAUAUAUUGAUGCUAAACUCCUGGUUAAGAGCUGACCCUGAUUCAGGUAAUCGACAUCCGGGAUCCUGUGACGGUCAGUUGAUUCGCGGCCAGGAUGUCCGCAUAAUUCUGAGCCCUGCUGUUUGGCAAGACGAGUAUUUUCGGAGUUGUUCAAUCUAAAAAUGUCCUCAAGCCCACCCAAAUUUAAAGCUGCGGUCAUUGGUAGUGAACGGCUCCAAAACUUGAAAACAACUUUCGAACUCAAGUAUGGAGGACCGCCUGUCUUCUAUGCAUGUGCACCAGGAAGAGUAAAUCUCAUAGGCGAGCACAUUGAUUACUGCGGCUACUCUGUUCUUCCAAUGGCUAUUGAACAGAAUAUCCUUGCAGCCGUCUCAGUGAACAAGUCAGAGACAAUCCAGCUGGCCAACACAAACACUACGUACAAGGAUUUUACUGUGUCGUGCUCAGAGGAAAUAGCCAUUGACAGGGCUAACCCAAAGUGGUAUUAUUAUUUCCUCUGUGGAGUUAAAGGCAUUCAGGAGACGUUUGGCAUCACACGUUUACCAGGGAUGUCAUGUGUUGUGGACGGAAACAUCCCACCGAGCUCCGGCCUGUCCAGUUCUAGUGCCUUAGUGUGUUGCGCUGGUCUCGUAACGAUGGAAGCAAAUCAGAAGUCCCUCUCCAAAGUGGCUCUUGCGGAGAUAUGUGCUAAAGGUGAGCGCUACGUAGGCACAGAGGGAGGAGGAAUGGACCAGUCCAUCUCAUUCCUGGCAGAGAAAGGAACUGCGAAGCUGAUUGAGUUCGAGCCUUUGAGAGCCACUGAUGUCCAACUCCCAGACGGCGCUGUGUUUGUGAUUUCCAACUGCUGUGUUCGGAUGAAUAAAGCAGCUUCUUCUCAUUACAAUAUCCGUGUGGUCGAGUGUCGGAUCGCAGCAAAGAUGCUGGCCCACGCCAGGGGGCUAAGCUUCAACAGGUUGUUGAAGCUGGCGCAGGUGCAGAUUGAGCUAGAAGCGUCUCUGGAGGACAUGCUGUCUCUGGUGGAUGAGGUUCUGCAUCCUGAGCCGUACAGCCGUGAGGAGGUCUGCAAGGUUCUGGGUAUCACCUCGGAGCAGUUUUCCACAGAGCUGCUGAGUGCUAACACUCAAGAUGUGAAACAUUUCAAGCUGCACCAGAGAGCUAAGCAUGUUUACGGUGAAGCAGCACGUGUUCUGCACUUCAAGAACGUUUGUGAUUCUGGACCUGCUGAGUCCAUCCAGCUCCUGGGAGACCUGAUGAACCAGAGCCACGCUAGCUGCCGGGACCUGUAUGAGUGCAGCUGCCCUGAACUGGACCAACUGGUGGACAUUUGUCUGAAGUCUGGAGCUGUGGGCUCUCGGCUGACAGGAGCGGGCUGGGGUGGCUGUGUUGUCUCCAUGGUUCCAAGUGACAAACUCCAGUCUUUCUGGCGAGCAGUGAGGGAAGCCUACUACCUGCCUGAUUCAUGUCGAGCCGCCAUUGUGGAACAAAGUUUGUUUGUAUCGAAGCCUGGAGGUGGAGCUGCAAUUUAUCUUGAAGAAUGAUCCUCUGUUUCUAGACUGUGAUUUCAGUGGAUGUUAGAAAUUAUACCUAAAUUCAAGUCAUAGAGUGCAGUAAUAAUACUGUAUGAAUAUUUCAUAUGGCCUAGUGGUUAGGUCUCUUGUUGAAAACACGCAAGCGCAGGAGAGAGAUGACAGAAGACAGCUCCAUUUUAGACUAUUUGGAUGAACUGUGCACGGAUGAGGAAUAUGUCACUCAACUAAGUAUUAUGUAUGGUAAAAUGCAGGGUGAUUCAAAAUCAGCACGCAAUAUUCAAGAAACCAAAAACAAUAGAAAACUACAGCUUGGACAUGUGUUGUACAUACAGUACCUCCAACUUUUAAUUUCCUGUUUCACAAGUGCUCAAUGUGGCCACCACUGGUGGAACAUAAACUUUAACACAACCCCACAGGAAAAAAAAAACACACACAGUGAGGUCCAGGGAUGUGGCAGGCCAAGUGCAGAGAGUGACACACUGUGGUGACUUUUUUUAUGUUCCACCACUUCCAGCAAAUAUCCAUGACAUGAAAGAUGGAAGAUCAGCUGCAAUCAACACGGUGGCCCGAGACAUCCUGAGGUGCGUUUGGGAAGAAUUCUCAUAUGGGCUUGAUGUUGUCCGUGCUGCCAGUGGUGGCCACUUUGAGCACGUGUAAAACAUGAAAUGAAAACUUGCAGGUAUGUACAACACGUGUGUCCCAGCUGGAGUUUUCUGUUGUUUUUCCUUUUUGAAAUAUUGCGUGCUGAUUUUGGUGCAUUAUUUUUGAAUCACCCUGUAUGUUACCAUACAUAAAUACUUAGUUGAGUGACAUGUUCCUCAUCAGCGCACAGUUCAUCCAAAUAGUCCAAAAUGGAGCUGUCUUCUGUCAUCUCUCUCCUGCGCUUGCAUGUUUGCAACAAGAGGCGCUGGCCCUGAAAUGACAACAGGCGCAGCCGUGUGUUGCGCUUUGUGUGACUGGUGUGGACCUUUGACCUCCUGAAUACUGGGCUACAGUGCCAGGGAAAAAGGGAACCGGUUGAAUGCGUCACAGGCCCACAGGCUGCCAUGAGGCAGCGCAAAUGACGUUAGAUAUCAUAUCACAGCCUGUCACACUUUCAAUUGCACUUUAUUAUACUCACGCAACUGGACGGUGUUGCUGGCUACUGGACACCAUCUUGAUCAGCCCAGAUCACCAGUGGGCUCCCUGGUUAAGUCCAUCACAGGCGGUGGAAUCCAGCAAAGACGGGAUGAACGUGGCUAGAAUGACAUCAUGCAGGUAGGCGAUACUUGCUGAUCAAGAACAUAAAGAAAACAAAGUUGCUCAGUUGCCAAGAACGUCGGACAUUUCUACAAUGUUGGAGCCAGCCACGAAAACUCGGAAACAGCGCUUCCGUUUGACCAGAAGAGUGCAAUUUUACAUUACGGUCACGAGGAGGCGCCGUUAACCCAGACUGGGACACACGCACUCAACCAUUGACAUACAGUUGUCCUCAAAAUUAUUCAUACCCUCGUUCAUAUUUGUGAUUUUUCAUUUUUGUAAUUAAAAGAAUGCAUUUUGUCAAGUUUGUUCAUGAAAUUAUGUGACCAACAAGUGAAAUAACAAUACACAAUAAGAAAUUCUUAAUUUCAGGGGUAUUGUAUUCAUGGAGUUUUUUUAAAUGUCAUGUUCAAAAUGAUUCGUACCCUAGGUUUACCGAGUCCAAUGUCUUUCUUUAGUAGUCAAUAGCAAAGCCUUUGUCGUUUCUGACUGCUUCGAGACGAUUCUUGUACGUGGCCACGAGCUUCCUGCAUGUCUCCUGUGGGACUUUGGCCCAUUCUUACUCCGCGAAAGCCUCAAGCCGGGUCAGGUUGGUCGCUUUCCAAGCCAUCAAGCCGUCAAGUCUAACCACAAGUUGUCCAUUGGAUUCAGGUCAGGGCUCUUGACUCCGCCAUUGUACGACGUUGACAUCGGGUGUUUCUCAGCAGAUUCCUUACAUGUGUUACUCAGCAGAAGAAGAUGCGAGCGUCUUCAUCACAUAUACAAGAAUGGACAGGUGAUGGUGUGCAUGGGUACCGCGCAAGACAACUAUCAAAACCAACCUCUGCUUAAAUGGCCCCAGCAACUAAGCGGAACUACGUUCCUUGUUAGGGAUCAGAACUGCACUCACGGGAAGUCACAGUUGCUGUAGUACACUGCUGAUGGGGAUGUUAUACGACGUAAUGUCAACAAAUCCGAACUAUCCCUUUAAGUCAAUGUUUAAUUGCAGCCAGCUGUAGCACACUGUCCAACAGGCGCGAAGCGACCUCGCAUGACUACUAACAGGAAGUGCACACAAACUACGAGCGUACAACGUGAAAUAAAAGAGUAAAUAAUAAUGGGGGGAAAAUGGAGCAUACCAGUAAGCCUAUUGUUAUUCCCUCCAGUCGACAAUUACCAGACCAAGAUUUUUCUUU